AUGGCUUUGUGGGAGUUUCUAGAGCAUGGGAGGUGGUGUGCUUUUGACAAACAGGCAGAGCUGGUCCUAGAGCAGGCUGUCGCCUUUGGGCAGACUCAGACCACUGCGAGGUUUUACAAUCCUCGGUUGGGCACGGACGUCGACUACGUCUAUGACCUUGUGUCGAUGUGUCAGGUUUCGAAAUUAGCGCACGAUGAUCAGUGUCCGAUUUGCCUUGAAGGAUUUCUUCAUACGCAUGAUGAUUUCGAGAAGUGCAUCAGGCUCGGCAGGUGUGGUAAUCACCACUUUCACCGGAAGUGUGUCGACAAUCCCAAUUCUUUUGCAAGAGGAUUUAUCAUCUGCCCCAUCUGCAAGGAGAGGUACGGAGUGGAAACAGGAAGCAUGCCAACAGGCAAGAUGAUUGUAUCGCACAUCCCCAACGCCUGUGACGGGUUUCACGGGACUGGCUCGUACAUGAUCAAGUACGAUUUUCAUGGUGGCGUUCAGGUCCAAGGGAUGCCGACUCCUGGUAAGUCCUAUCCUGGAACGAGCAGGAUUGCUUACCUUCCCGACACCCCUGAAGGAAAGAAGGUCUUGGGACUCCUAAAGAAAUCGUUCUCUCGCGGCCUCACCUUUACCAUCGGGCGAUCCGUGACGAGAGGGGUAGACAACCUGAUCGUGUGGAAUGGAAUCCACCACAAGACGUCCAUGACGGGUGGAGUUGCCAACUUCGGCUAUCCUGAUGCGGAGUAUCUCAACAGGGUACAGAAGGAGCUUGCGGAUAAAGGCAUCACUCCGGAUAGUUGA